CGCUUUUAAACAACGAUAAUACAAAGAACGCGCUCAUCAUUGCGCCGGCAUCAUGGGGAAUGGCAUGAACAAGGUGCUUUCUGGUCUUUAUGUAGGUAAUUAUCAGGAUAGUAAGGACGCUGAUCAGUUGGAGCGUUUCGAAAUUACGCAUAUUCUGGCUAUUCACGACACGGCUCGGCGUUUGCAUUCCGACAAGCAUUAUCUAUGUAUCUUGGCUGCCGAUAGUCCCGAUCAGAAUUUGUCGCAAUAUUUUUCUCUGUGCAAUGACUUUAUUCAUGCCGCCCGUCUUCGCGGCGGAAACGUUCUGAUCCAUUGUUUGGCAGGAAUGUCGAGGAGCGUGACAGUAGCGGUGGCCUAUAUCAUGAGCACUACCAAUCUAUCUUGGAAAGAAGCGCUUAAAGUUGUUAGAGUCGGUCGUUCCAUUGCAAAUCCGAAUGUUGGUUUUCAACAACAGCUGAAGGAUUUCGAGUCUAGCCGUUUACAAGACGAGCGUAAUAGGUUGAAAGAGCGAUUCCCUAGCCUCGCUCUCGCCGAGUCUGACGCCGAAGCCUGCAGAUCCACCCUGAGGAAUUACGAAACACUGGCUCUAGCGAAAGAGGUUUGCGAGGGUAAAUGUGCCAUGGGACGCACUUGUCCGACCGGGCUUUGCCGUCAGGCAACUAAAAGGACUCUGAGAAGGAAGUCAUCCACCAGCAGUAUCGGAAGUGUGUCAUCCGGCAGGACACCUCCGCAAACACCACGGAUGCUACCAUCCGCGCCACCAUCGCCGGCUCUGCACAGAUCAUCUAGCGUUAUGUCCACAUCGAGACCGAGGAGUGGACCUGCAGGAUUGCACUCUUAUACCGGAGGAUCCGCUCCACCUUCUAGGGCUGUGUCGAGGGUGGAUCUUUCGGCGGCGGUUGCCUGCAGCAGCAGCAACACCAGUCUCUCCGCCGUGGGCAGAUCGAGUGCGUUUUCUAGUAGCAAUUGGCGACUGACCGCCGGUUCCGCGCCGAACACGCCGAGACCGACGCCGCCGGUCUCGCCACAACGCUGGCCAAGGCGAUUCUCGAGUCGGCAGACGCCGCAGUUACCGGCACCACCGGAAUCGCAUCCUUCGACGAUGACGUAGCAUCGGGAGUCACGCGGUUCUCUGUCAAGCUUGGU